GGAAGUCGAAGGCGCUUGGGGAUUCCCCGAGGGAAGUUCCAGCUCAUUGUAAAGCAUACAAAAUGUUCAUUUGUACGAAAUAGUUCAUUUCCUCCCGUUAAACGCGUAAAUAUACAUGUAGCCGCGUCGCGAUGUCCAAACUGCGCUUAGCUUUAUGUGUUUGGACUAUUUUGGAGUGAAGCCAUUACUGACAGGUCCAGUGCUAAUCUGACUCCUCUGAGUUAAAGAAGGGGUGUGUAAGUGUUUGUGUGUGCCUGGGACUAGGGCCCGGGACCGCCCUGUUCGGAAUGUUACUGAAGGCCCCGGAAUGGACAGGACCAUUAGUGAGCAGCUCAACAAAGCCUUCGAAGCGUACCGCAAUGCGUCCAUCGAAAAAGAGUUGGCCAAAAAGGAGCUUCAGCAUAAGACCGAGCAGUAUCAACGGCACACUCAGCAGCUGGAGAGAAAGAUAGAGGAGCAGGCGAAGACCAUCUCACAUCUUAAAACCGAACUCAGUUCUCUUCGUAAACAUGCGUCAGGGGAGGUCUGUGAGCCUGCGUACAGAAAACAGGAAGCAGAAACCUUGUCACCUAGCGAUCAUCGCUCUGACAACCCAUCCAGUUCCCACAGGACUAACCAUUUCCUGAUAAACGAACCCACAGAGUAUUCCAGGAUGCUUCCCCAUUCGAUAUCUGCUGCCUGCGAAAUGAAGAGUGAGAAUGUGCUGGACACUUGGCAGGAAAUCCAGGGGACUUUCCAGAGGAUUCAGACUCUAACCAGAAGGCAGAAAGAUCACCUAAAGCGAAUCCACAAAGGAAACGAGACGGCUAAUGAGCAGUUUUCCAUGCCCAUCCAGUGCACCGAAGGCACGGCAGAACGGGCCGAAGUUCCUUUUCCCUCACCGCUGAGGUCAGAGGUUGAAGAUGCUUCAGCCUCCACCUCCCUCGCGUCACGUGGCGCCGGCCCGGACGGAACGUUUUUUGAUUCCCUAAGAGGCCUGAGUGUGAAGUUUCCCCCGAGCACAGAAGACGAGUACGACUUUCUAAACAGUACGCCGGAUAAACAGGUGGACCUGCCCCUUCACAGGCCAGACCUUGGAGACAACCUGCACACGAUGAGGGAGGAGUCUUAUCCGUCAUACUCUGCACCUUCUCCGUCCACUCACACGUCUGGAUCUUCUGCAUCGCACGAAAAUGUACGAGGACCCCAACAGGUUUUUUGGACUCCAGACCUCCCGGACUUGUCCGCCCAGGCGCCGGGGACAGACGCUCAGCAGAUGAACAGCCGAGAGAAGUGUGCCUUUUGCGAGGAUGAUGUACCCCCAAAUCACAUGUAUAGCCACCUCAAUUCACACUUCAAGAACAAAGCUGGCGAUUGACACACGCGGGCGAGGGGCCGGCCGCCGGACUGAAACGGCCUUUAUUCGUGGCUUUGUUGAGUAGCGCGCUACCCGUCUGAACACAUUUGCUCACGUCCGUCAGUGACACGAUGAAGAGAGCGGAACCUUCCGCCGUCGUUUAUUUAAUUAGGAGAACUUUAAACGGUUCAUUUUAGGGUGGUUAUGUCUUAAUUAAUCUUUUUAGCCGCAUUUUAGUUGGAGGCGUUCCGAUGACUGGCAGUUUCACUGUAGAAUAAAGACGUGCUUCCUUUUUAAAGUCAUUUAAUUUGAUAUGACAGCUUCAAAAAUACGCUGUUUAUGUGAGCUCAGCAUCUCACCGUUGUACUUUUAUUCAAAUGCAUCCCAACUUAAAGAGCUCGUAGCUCCUAUCUGUACUGAGCAUAUAUCGAAUUAAAAACAAAAUAUCAUUUUCUAAAAUUAUUUUACAGUUCUACAAACAUCAGGCAGCUUCAACUCCUGUUUAUGAACAUAUCACAUUUGUAUUGCAAUUUUCAGGUAUAAGUGAAACCGUCACGGGAGCCACAUGUCGGUAACUGUGCGAUUUUAAGUCAUAAAUCCAAUUACACAAAUGCUUGUUUUCUGUAGCAGUGGUUACAAUCAUUUUUCUGCAUCCUUUUCUCCAAACUUAGUUCCAGUAUCAUAUUUUUGUAAUAAUUCUGUUUAACGUGAACGCAAUAAAACCACACUGACAUACA